GACUGACGUCAUUUGUCACUUGGCAUUCAUUGCUUUCUGUCCCUCUCCUUCUCCUGCUGUGGCCAUAUUUGUUGAUGUGUCAUAGCAGUGAGUAGCAGGGCGGUCAGCUGGUGAAAUAGAGAGCUCCGAUCGUCAUUGCAUGGACAUACACGAUGACUUGUUGGCAUGUGAUUUGAACCCUAAGCGGACCAUGAAACAGCCCGCUCUGACUACAGAUGCACAGAAAAUGGAAGGAUCAGAUGAUAAAUUAGUAACAGAGGAAUUGCACUCUAGAGAUGAGUUUCAUAGUAGUGUGUCAAAUUGUGAAGAAGAAGAACUAAUCUUUCAGACCAGUGAUCAUCUGGUGAAGACCUGCCAUCAGGAAAAAGGUGAGAAACAGCCAGAAAGUGGAUUAUUCAAGACUGAAGAAGGAGCUCAGAUAUGCUGUCCGGACCAUCAUGAUGUAAAAGAGACAACUGCUGAUGUUAAAAGUGAUGCUGGUAAGGUUUCUGGUGAAACGGACAGACUUUCACUCAGUCCUUCAAACGAGGCUGCUGCCACCAGUCCAGAUGUCGCAGAAACCUCUCCUUCUGUUAUCGAAGGGACAAUGGAGACCUUUUUGACUUUUGAUGCAACAACUCAACAUGACAGUGAGCGGCUGUCUCAGUCUCCCUCUGUCGACAACAUCAAAUCUGCCGACAGUCCUUUACCAGGUUCUGUCCAAAGCACUUCCAAAAACUCCCCUACAGACUCCUCAACUUCUGGGUUCUCUAAUGGGCCAUCCACUCCGAGCUCCGACACACUCAGCUUCUCGCCGGUUUCCAGCCCGCAGACCGGCGCCAACGUCUCCCUCCCCCCACAAUCUUUAUCAAGCCCUUACGACACCGACUGCAGUCGAAAGCUCAUUUCCCAAAUCCAGCGCUCGCUGUCGCAAGAGUCACUGUUAGAUGAACUGGAGUCAGAGCUUUUAGCUUGUGGGCUGUCUGGAAGUGAAAGCAGAAGAAAGGGGAAAGGGAGCUCGCCUGUCAAUGGACUUCCAGCAGACCAGGAUGGCUGCAUGAUGGUCUAUGAGAAGUGUGUGCAGUUCAAGUACACUCAACAGGAGAAAGCUAUUCAGAGGUUGCUUGAGGAGAACAAGAGACACCAGGAAUUGAUCCUGGGGAUCUGCUCCGAAAAAGACAACAUGAAGGAAGAGUUGAAGAAGAGAGCAGAAACAGAGAAGCAACACAUCGGCUCUAUUAAAAAGUUAGAGUGGAGGGUGGAGGAGCUCCUGAAAGAACUGAAGGAGUCGCGAGAGAAAUUCAUCCACCACGACCAAACAGCCAAAGCUGCUUUGCAGCAGAUGCAGAGAGAAACUACUUACAGGAUAGAACAGGUGAACAGGAAGUGUGAUGAGGCGCGGCAGGAGAAGGAGGCCAUGGUGAUGAAAUAUGUGCGAGGAGAGAAAGAAGCUCUGGACCUAAGGCGGGAUAAGGAGAGUUUGGAGAAGAGGCUGAGGGAAGCCCUCAAGGAGGUGGACCGCCAGGCCCUCAGGGGAAAUCAGCUGGCUCAGGAGAAGGGACGGCUGCAACAGCUGUAUGACGCUAAGGAAGGUGAGGUUGGCCGGCUGACGCGAGAAGUGGAAAAGUUGAAAGAGGAGAUCAACUCUCAUCUAAUUAAAGUCAAAUGGGCCCAGAACAAACUAAAGAGUGAAGCAGAUGCUCACAAGGAAACUAAAGACAAAUUGAGAGAAACAACAUCGAAGUUGGCUCAAGCCAAAGAGGAGACGGAACAGAUCCGAAAGAACUGCCAGGACAUGAUCCGAACGUACCAGGAAUCGGAAGAGCUGAGGUCCAAUGAGUUGGAUGCUAAACUGAAGGAGACCAAAGGAGAGUUGGAGAAGCAUAAGCAGGAGCAAACAGACCAAUUAGAGAUGCAUCGAGCAAAGGCCAAGGAGCUGGAGGACCUGAAGAAGAGUUACAAAGAAAGCAUAGAUGAGCUUGAAACACUCCGCACUAAGUUAAAGUGUCUGGAGGAUGAGCGGCCGCGGUGGGAGGACGAGCUGACUAAAUACAGGGAGAUCAUAAACCGGCAGAAGGCUGAGAUUGGCCGCCAGAGAGAAAAACUUGAAGAGGUCACUGCACUUCAGGAGCAGCAUGAAAGAGACAAACAAGAGAUCGCCUCUCUCCAGGAGGAAGUGGAGGGCCUGACCAAUCAGAUGGCCGACCUCCAGUGUGACGUGCAAGGCAGCAGGGAACGUGAAGCCGAGCUACUGGGUUUUACUGAGAAGCUGAGCAGCAAGAAUGCCCAGCUGCAGUCGGAGAGCAACGCGCUGCAGUCUCAGCUGGAUCAAGUCAGCGGCAGCUUCACAACGCUCCAAGCAAAGCUGGAGGAGACCAGCAGGAUCCUGGAUGACAAGUCCCGGCAGCUGAAGCAGGAAGAAGUGCUGAGGCACCAGGAGGUGCAGGGUCUGCAGGAGGAACGGAAAGUUCUGCAAACAGAGGUGGCCCAACUGAAGACCAGAGUAGAGGAGCUGAGGGACGAGCUGGUGACGCAGAAACGGAAACAAGCAGCCAAUAUUAAGGAUCUCACAAAACAACUAACACAAGCUCGUAAGAGGCUGGAGCAGGUCGAGAAUGGAGGAUGUGACCGGGAUGUCAGCAGUAUGGGCAGUCGCUCCAGUUCCUCAGGUACUGCUCUGAGAUUUGGUUCCCUAAAUGCACGCCAUGGUGGAAGCAGCAGUGUUGAGGAGCGUUCACCAGAGAGCCAGUCCGGUCCUUCGGUGAUGGUUGUGGACAGCUUCCCAGAGGUCGACAAGGCAGUGCUUGUAGAUCGUAUAGUACGUCUGCAAAAAGCUUUGGCGAGAAAGCAGGAAAAAAUUGAGUUCAUGGAGGAUCACAUUAAACAGCUGGUGGAAGAGAUCCGGAAAAAGACUAAAAUUAUCCAGAGCUACGUGCUAAGAGAGGAGUCAGGGGCCCUCUCAUCAGAGGCAUCGGAUAUUAACAAGGCCCACCUUAGCCGGCGGGGGGGCAUCAUGGCAUCGCUUUACACCUCCCACCCGGCGGACAGCGGGCUGACCCUAGACCUGUCUUUGGAGAUUAACCGGAAGCUGCAGGCAGUGCUGGAGGACACGCUGCUGAAGAACAUUACCCUGAAGGAGAAUCUGCAGACUCUGGGGUCUGAGAUUGAAAAACUCAUAAAGCAGCAGAAGAAUCUAGAAGAUGGAGUCUGAAAGAAGUGAAAAGGAACUACUUAAGCAACUCCUCCUCCCCGACAAAUGAAGAAGCAGAUAGUACGUUGUAAGUGCCAGUGAGAUGUGGGACCUCUUGAACCAUUUCUGUCCAUUUGGAGGAAAUGUCUGAGCUUACUUGAACAGUUGCUACUCCAUCCACGUUGUGCCACCUCUAUUUAUAGAACCUGACACAAUAACGUUUCUUCUGGCCCACAUUUACCUCCCCAAAGUAUUGCAAAGAGAACUCUUUGGGCUCAUCGCUUCAGACUUGAACUGCCUUGUGGCAGUAUCGUGAAUGUUUAGCUAAAUCUCCUUGGAAACGAAUUACCAGUAAAACAAUCCAGGUAAUUUUGGAAAAGUGUGAAAUUUGAUUUCAGUAUUGCCCCAGGUCUGGAUAAGUAUUGAAAAAGAAGAGCUUGGGAAAAUAUUCAUGUUUAGACUUAAUUCAAUGUCCCAUAGUUAAAUGUUUUGUUUUUCUGUCUGUCCUUCAUUCACUGGCUUUCUUGUAUCCUUUCUUUCCUUCCUUGCCUGCUUCCUUGUGUCCUACCUCCCAUUGUUACUUUUGUCCUUCCUUUAUUAUUCAUUUCCUCCCCUCUUUCCCUGUGUCCUUCCCCUGUUUCCUUCUUUGUGUCCAUCAUUUCCCUAUUUCCUUCCUUAUUCCCUUUCUCCCCUUUCUCAUGUCCUUCUUUCCCUAUUUCCUUUCUCCUCUCUUUCCUUCCUUCCUUAUCAUUCAUUCAUUUCCUUCAUUAUGCAUGUUCUUUCUUUCCUCCAUCACUCAAUUGUUUUCUUCCUUCUUCACUUUCCUCCCUUCCUUGUGUCCUUAAUUCCUGCCCAUUUCUGUUUCUUUCCAGUUUCCAUAUUUAAAGCCUGUCAGCUGUAGAAAUGUCUGCCAACAUUUUAGUGUUUUAAAUUUAAAAAUAAAUCCAAGGGACAUAGUCUGAGAACAUAUGGAUUUCUUUCUAUAAGAAAGAUGCAUAAGAAUCUUGAAAGUUACUGAACUGAAACGAUCCUUGCCAGCAUCCCAUGAAGUCUGCCUGGAAAAUGCCAAAUGUGUUUUUACUUCUUCAGCUGGACAUUUGAAGCGAAACAACAGCAAAAAAAAAACAGAUCAGUCCUCACUUUAGGAGAGCCUGCAUUCCACUGGUGCAUUUUUCUUCUGUUUAUUUCUUUUUUGCUCCCGCCCUGCGCAGCACUUACAGCCGAGUCAGUAGAGCAAGGUGCCUCUUAUCAUAAGCCCGCCCAUCUUUGUGGCACAGGUGCUAGAUUUCAGGAAGCAUCUUUGUAAUGUUCCCCUGCAGCCGACAGCAUAACGCCACCUGCUCUUCAGCUGCAUUAAGAAUGAAUCAGUCUCUGAUUAAAUGUAAUAUCAUGUGAAAGGUUGAAAUGUACAGCUGGUCUUAAAUUCUGCCACUCUGAAUGUAAUUUUUUUUCCUCCUUUAAAUUUAUUUAAUAUAUUUUUUAUUUCAUUACAUCUGAGUUUUAGUUUUCACUAUCAUGACGACUUUUCUUUUUAGUUUCUUUGUUCUUAAGGGAAAAUGUAGGAAUUUUGAAGUACGGCUCUGGUAAAAGGUUAUAAGCAGUCAUACCCCCGUCCUAUUGCUCAUCUAGUAAUCAUUUCAGUGGCUUAGGAAGGGAUGCUAAUGCUCUAGCCAACUUUUCCUACACUGUCAACACUGAAGAAUAGAAAUUUUAAUAUAAGCAAGGCUGCCACAGAUUUUUUUUUUUGAUUUUUCGGACCUGCCAUUGAAACAUAAGAGCCACUGCUAUGUCACAGCAAUGAUCUGGUAGGUGUAUUUAGUUGAUGCUCAACAGAUGCUAAGUCUGCAAUGAAGAGAAUGCCGAAUGCCUGAAGUGGCUGCAACUGACGGAAGCCUGACCUACUUUUCAAUCUAUUAAUAUGAUUAAUAAUUAUUUGACCAACUGGGAGCAUUGUGGAUAGAGUAUUGAAGUUUCUCCAGAUCAUUAAUUGGGAGCAAAAAAAUUAAAAUAAAACGAGACUGUGACGUCAGAACAAAAGUAACGUACCCUGCCCUUCUGCAGUUACACACUGGGAAUUGUACAUCUUUUAUUCCAAUGCAAACACAACAUGCAAAACGGGGGCACAUCAAAAGGGACAUUGAUUGACUUGAUGAUCCUCAAAAUGUACUAGGUACACCAACGUGAUGGGCAAGAAAACAGUGUGAUAGUAGCUUUAACAUCCUACCUGCAGUCACCAACUGUCUCGCCAACAUUGUUUAAUAAUCCAGAUUAAUUGGUCCUGGUUAGUCUCGGAGGGGCCAAAACCAAAGCACACUUCUACUAUCUUAAAACAACUCCAGUCUCUUGACUUAAGCAACUCCUCCUUCCCGACAAAUGAAGAAGCAGAUAGUACGUUGUAAGUGCCAGUGAGAUGUGGGACCUCUUGAACCAUUUCUGUCCAUUUGGAGGAAAUGUCUGAGCUUACUUGAACAGUUGCUACUCCAUCCACGUUGUGCCACCUCUAUUUAUAGAACCUGACACAAGAACUUUUCUUCUGGCCCACAUUUACUUCCCCAAAGUAUUGCAAAGAGAACUCUUUGGGCUCAUCGCUUCAGACUUGAACUGCCUUGUGGCAGUAUCGUGAAUGUUCAUCUAAAUUUCCUUGGAAACUAAUAACAAUCCAGGGUUCCUACGCAUUUUGGAAAAGUGUGAAAUCUGAUUUCAGUAUUGUCCCAGGUCUGGAUAAGUAUUGAAAAAGAAGAGCUUGGGAAAAUAUUCAUGUUUAGACUCAGUCUCAAAGACCUUGGAAAACUUUGGAAAACUGGAGUUUUCUCACCAAUCCUGACCCUUGGUCCAUCAAAAAAUCAGACUGGAUGUGACGAUUUGUAGCUCAUUAUAUUAUUCACUCACAAAACACCCCUUUUUGUUAACAUUGUACCUACAGGAUUUUCUAGCUUGUAUGGCCACUGAGUAAUCAGAAAACUGAAACUGAAACACAGUUGAGUUUGAUUUGAUAUCAUUCCCUAAAUCCAAGUUUGGGAUUCAGGUGUAAAUGGGGCACAUUAAAAGCAUUAUUUGUUCUUGGUACACUGCCGUCCAAUUCAGUUAAUAUAUUUACUUUGCAAAUAAUUCAUACUGAACCUUCUUUUGCUAAAGUUACUACUAAAGGUAACCCAAAUACCACCAGUGGUAUGUCUACCAUGGGUGUAAUAAAACAGUAAAGCAGUGUAAAAAGAGUGGUAAAUCUACUGUUUUAAUUUUUAUAGUUCCUUACUUCUCUAUUACCCAGUUACUCUGACCGGAAACAGGUUCCGCUCUCAGUACAUGUUUCACACAGGAAGAUCAUUUAUGGUGCAACACCUCCUACUUCCAUUUGCUGUGUAAAUAUUCAUUGGUUCCUACGCAAAUAGCCAUCCCAUACAAACAUGACCAAUGGUUUAAAGGUUGGGAAAAUGUUGAUCUCAUAAACCACUAUGAUAUUUGUGAGAUUGCGGUUGCUCUACGAGGGUAGGAGUCUGCUUUGAUCAUGGCCCCUCUUAGACUAGCUGUAGCACAAGCUAAUCCGGAUUUAUCCACAGUAAAAAUGUCUAGCGAGUUAUCCACUGCAUGUAAGAUAUUGACUGCUUCUGGCCUUUUAAAUAGAAUUGAAGUGACAAAUACUCCAACUCUUUUUGUCUCUUCCUCGUUGAAAUCUGUCCUGGUUAAAAGCCUUUUAGUAACAACUUAUCUACCUAAAUGUUUUGCGGCAUUUUACCCAUUCCUGGUUUUAAACGUUGGGCACAGAAAAAAGGUCUUUGCACUCCAUGUAGGAUGUGAAUUUUAUGAGAAAACAGACAAAAAUGUUUGUUUGUAUGCUCCCUUCCUUUUUUGUAGCAUCGUUGAGUUUAAUCAAGAGUAGAAGAAGAAUCAAAGGCAGAGCAGAAGUUUUGUAGCUGCAGCUCAGGAAUGCAAAAAAUAAUAUCCAGGGACAAAGUGCAAUGCAGUUGCAUUCAAUGGCUUUUUAUUUUCUUUGAUGUAACUGCUGGUGUAUUGUUUUUAUGCUCGUUUGUGCAACAUUUGAAUAUUAAGAGGGAGACAUGUGCAUGUGUGCCUUCUUUAACCCCUCCAGCUUUUGUGUUUACACCCAGUGUAUAUGCUUUAGCUGCCCAGGCUUGUUAGAUGGACCAUUACAGCCAGUUUGUUUUUCUUUCCAGAGUCAGUCUGCCACCGCCAGCAUGCACACGCCUGCAGCUCAGUACCUCUUCAUAAUAAGAAAAUAUUAGCUCGAUCAUUCAGGCCCUGCAAGAUGGAGGUUAAAGAGCAACACUGUUUGCUGCAGCCACCGCAAAUGAUAAGCCUGCCUUUUUUGUUGUUUUCUUGUUUUAAAGGGGUAUGAAUGGUUGCAGGCUUCUCCCAUCGCCAUUCACCCCAAGGCUAUGCAAAUGUGGACCACUACAUGUAUAAAGAUAAAGAUGAAAGUCUCACUAUCGAGGUCAGGGAGACCUUAAAGCCUCUCCGCUGCAGCAGCGAGUGCCCAGCAUUUGAUGGAACUCCAUGUUUAUUGCAUCCGAUCUCACUUCUUUACCAAAUAUGAUUAAUUUGUUAACCUGCAGGAAACAGAAACCUGAGAUUUCUUCUCAUAUUGAAACAUAGAAACUCUCUAGACAAAUAAAAUCUAAUUUGCCUUAAAUAUAGCUUCUUUUUGGGCAGUGGGUUGAUAAAUUUUCUUUCAUGGGGCUCACUUUUUUUAGUCUCGCUGUUUGUUUCUGAUGCAGAAUUGAACUGCCGCCUAUGCAACAGAUUGGCUUAGGGCAUUCUAAUUAAGUCCCCACAACUCUCAGAGGCUUUCUAAUGGGCUUUUUUAGGUUGUGUCCCCCCCCCCCCCCCCCAACAUCAGGCUGGGUACUCGCUGAUCUCAGAUUUGCUGCGUUCCGCAGCUUUAAAACAAAGCCAUGCUGCAGCUUUGUGCGGAUGAACGGAUCAGGCCUCAUGUUUCACUACGAUUAUGAAGAAAUGGUGUUCAGUAUGUGCCAAUCUGUAAAUGGGGCAAAAAAAAGAAAACUAAAUGAGAUGUCUGUUGUUUUGCUGUUCUGCGAUGAUUUUCCCAUUCCUGUUUUGUGGAGUAUUCAAACUGUGAUUAUAAUAUAUGAAUUUGUAGAUAAGUCGUGUAAAAUGAUGAGAUGCUUUUAAAGAAAAAACUGAUUCUGGAGGAUGUUUGUACAUACUGUGUUCCCAGGGAAUAAAAGGAGAUGAAUCUUAA